UUCUGUCUCGCUGCUUUCCUGCCUCACUCUCUCCCUGCCUGCUUCCCUGCCUUCCUCUCUGCUUUCCUGCCUCCUUCGCUCCCUCAGGGUUAGGGUUACGCCUAGGGUUAGGGUCUCGGAAACCACAAAGCCCACAGCUCCAGGCACACUGCAGCCGCGAAAGGCAGCCCAAGGGGAGCGCAAAACUGCCCCAACGCGCCUGCCUCCACGGCUUUUUCCUCAGAGGCAGCCCUAGGCCAGGGGCUAGGGCUUCCUGCCUCCCUCUCUCCCUGCCUGCUUCCCUGCCUUCCUCUCUGCUGGCUUGCUUGCUUUCUUUCCCCCGUCCCUGCUGGCUUUCCUCCCUCUCUCCCUGCCUGCCCUCCCGUUCUCUUCCCUCCCUGCCUGCUUUCCUCCCUGCCUCCCUUACACUGAAAUAAAGACUUGCAUUCAUUUGAGCCUUCUGAGAAUUUCCAGCACGUGUCACGAUGCGCUGAGAUGUCGAAUUCCUGUGAAUUCACACAGUUUUGUUGUUUCUUUUCAGAGAAACGCGUGUGUCUGUGGUUUACACUACAGCCAUGAUAACUCCUCUUGUUGUGAGAUUAUUUGUAAGAUGUAUGCUAUUCAAAGGGUCUUUGAUAAUAAGCACGUUUGAGUACUUUGAUUGGCUUGAUAUAAAUAUAUAUUUAUAUGUAUAUUAAAAAGAAAAGCACAUUCAGAGUGGCAAGCCAGUCUGAAUUGGAAAAACCUUGCAACAGGGAGUUGCUAGAAAGCAUUUGAAACUUAAAUGUAGAUCUGAAAUAUUGCAGGGCUUGUAGUGCUUUAUUAUGGAACUGUUCAUUUGAAAGGUUGUUUUUGCUGGAUUUUCCCCCAAUUUUAGGUAACAGUGGAUAAUACAAGUAGGAACUUGGAUGAAAUUUCAAGGCCUGCAUCUAGCUCAACCUAUUUGUAGAUCUUUAAGUACAUCAAUGGAGUUAACAACACCAGAACCAUGUUUGCAAGAGGUUGAUUCACCCGUCAGUUUGGCUGAUGGUUAUCAGAGAGGUGGUCUAGAAGAUGGCUGUCCAGCAGAAAACAAAGGUGAUGACAGAGAUAAAUCUGAUGCCCAGGAAGUAAGAACUGAUCAGCAAACAGUGGAGAGUGUGACCAUCUCUCUUCACAAGUGUCUAUGGAAUCCCAAUGAGUUGUCAGGAUGUACCUCUGCUUCAGAUUCUCGAGAUGAAAGCACUGAAACACAAAUGUUGAAAUUCUGUGAACCUUCUCCAGGACAACCAAGAAAUGCAAAGUCAGAUACAACUUCACAAACUUUGAAAUCUUGUGAGCCUUCCCCAGGAAAACCAGACUUGUCUGACUUGGAAUGUCCUGAAGACAUGGACACAGAUGCUCGGAUUCAAGCAGCUAUAAGGAAAAUGCAUAAACUUGACACAAUACUUGAAAAACGGUGUUUUAAGGAAAAAGCAGUUAAAAAGCAAGGCAGAGAAAUGAGGGCAAUGCUCUGGGAAGAACUUCAGUGUAUCAGAACCACAGGAAGCAAUGAGGAGGUGGAAAACACAAACCAGUUAUUAGUGUUCUCACCAUGGCAUAAUACAGCUGAUCUCUCCCAUGCUAAAGAAGAUGAAAUAUGCACUUCAGUAUUUCACAUGCACGCAAAUCCUGAAGAUUAUAAUUGCCAUAAAGCCCAAGAAAACCAGGAUUAUCCAAGUGAAUUAGAAACAGAAAAAACGCAUAGCAAAAAUAAAACCAGCCUGCAUUUCAUUAAAAAGAACAUUGAGCUAGCAAGGGAUUCAGGAAACCAAUUUGUUAUGCUUGAAGGAGAAAGGAAAAGGCUAACUGAACUAUUGAAAGAUACAGAAGAUGGAACUGAAUUGCAAGACCUUGAGGAAAAUGUCUCUGUCUGGCAGGCACCAGGAGAAGGGUACACACCUGAACUGAUGGAAUUUCAUCUCCUGAAUGAGAUAGACAAUAAGCUUCAACUGCUACUCUCUGAUGGGGAGUUUCCUGCACUUUCCAGCUCUAGCUCAAAAAGUCCUAGCCAGAUAUAUCAGGAGCCUCUGGUUUAUGCAAGCAGAAGCCUAGAAACAAUUCCAGGUGAAAAGGUUCUGCGGGACAAUAAGGAAAAGCGUGAUCAACAGAAUCGUCUGAAAGAAAUAGAUUAUCAGCUGGAAUCCCUAGAGAGAAGGCUUACUGAAGAACAAACGAGCCUCUCUGAAGAGCAGCUUAAGACCCUUCUGGAAGAAUGUAUGCAGCCUCAGAGAACAAUAAGUAACGUUACCAUGCCACAGUCUCAGGAAUCUCUUUCUUUUGGAUUAAGUCCCCCUUGUUACACAAGUCAAGACUCCACUCUUCACUCCACAUCUAGUCUUUCCAAAAUGUUAGUUGAAGACCAUAUUGUCGGGCUGUUAAUGGCUCAGGAAAAGGCUGGCCUAGAAGACAAAAGCUUAUGUGUUAAUGCAGAGAGCAAAAUCCCUGGCUACUAUACUGGCAAAGCAUUGGCUGGUAGUCACUUAUCAAAGGAUUCACUGGCCCAAACAGAGGAACCUGAUGACCUAGAAGGUUUACAGAAGAUGGAAGAUAAGAGUAUUACUGAAGGUUACUUUAUGUCAAGAGCACUCAACACAAAAAGAUUGAAGAAACCUUCUUUCUUGGGUGAACCAUUAUAUUGCACCAGCCCGAACAAUGAGCCAUCCACAGAGGCUGACAUUCUCAGCAUACCACUGCAAACCAAAGGAGUGCAGUUUGCUGGAGCUUGCAGCCUGUCUGACUCAGAGUCGUGACUCAGUGAAGCAUCCCAUUACUCAGUUUUUUGCCCCGGGGCUGUCUGUUGGCUGGACCCCUGGUUUGCCAGAAGGCUGGAAUUGCACAAGUGCUCUGCUGGAUCAGAACAUCAGCACUAGUCUGCUCAGGUCUGCCUGAUUCUUGUCUGGGAAAACCACACAGCAAACAUUCAUGUCUUUGAGUUAGGAAAUGCAAUUAAACGAGGAAGGAUGGCAGUCCCUGGUGAAGGCUUGGAGGGAGUAGAAGUGGAGGCAUUCAGAAGUUUGCCCUAGCAGCUACUGGGUUGUGAAACCGUGUAGUGAUGGGGGAGGGGUAAUGCAGCUGGUUUGGGUUUGAGAGAAUAGUAACAAUUCAUUACAGGUUUUUGAUUGUCUAGUCUUUAACUAGUAUUUUUUCCUGAUUUUUUGCUUAUUUACUCAGCUGAUGGUCGGUUUCCCAUUUCAUGUGCUCCAAUGUCAGAAUAAGAAAACAUUAUUAAAAAAACAUGGUUCAUUUUUAAAAGUUUUUUUGAGUGGGGAGAGAUACUCUAGCAAAGAAGACUCAACAGUUAUUUUCCCAUUG